AUGGAACCGUCUUCAGUGCAGAUCACUCCUUCCGUUGAAGAAGAUGAGUGGGACACUGAUGGAUUCGUGAUUCCAAGCUUGGGAAUAGGAGACUCUGAUCAAAAUAAAGUUGAUGCCUUUGAAGUAGAAGAUUCAAAAUCUACUUCGCUGAAGGCUGGAAAAGAAGAGAACAUAUACCUGGGACCCCACGGAGCUCCUCCUUCACAAUCGAAACAACAAGAGCUUAAUUCUUCUGGCCGUAAGCAGAAAUUCAAGCAGAAACUGAAGGAAGCAGAUCGGAGAUAUAGUGGAACUGGACGGGAGAACAAGGUAGAGAAUCUGAGGGAGCUCGUUGGUUCUGGAAAAAUGUCUGCCAACAAGUCAAAGAGUUCCGCCAAGGAUUGGCUAGACCCACAUUGCCACGAAUCUCAGUUUGAGAGGCGACAUCUUUAG